CAGGAACGUGUCUCUUUUCAAAACUAAGUGAAGUAACUGGCGUGGAGAUGUUUACUGAGAUAAACACCGUAUCUUAAAUGGAUAAUUAAUAGGAAUAUAAGCUAAUAAAAAUUGAUCGGGUUAAAAUGGAUGGUAAAAUGAUUGGACCUGGACCUUACAGGGCGACGAAAUUGUGGAAUGAGACCAUCAGGCUCUUCCGUGGUGGAAUGCCAGUCAGACGUCACUGGGCUCAUUUCAGGAGUUAUGACCGCAGUUUUACAGGAACCGAGGCUGUCGACUUCCUCCACGAGCUGCUCAAACAAAACCAGAACUUCGGACCGGAGGUGACACGCUACCAAACACUCCAGUUACUCCGAAAGUUCCUCAAAAACCAUGUCAUCGAGGACGUCAAAGGACGAUUUGGUAAAGAGGACUUUGAGGACAGUGGACAUUUAUACAGAUUUCCCCCACAAUCCCCUCUGAAGCCCAUUCCUGUGCGUCCUCCCAGAGAUCACAGCUCAGUACCCAGAAUCCCACGCUGGGAUGACUUUGAUGAGAUAUCCGUGCCGGAGCAGAUCCCAGUGAAGCCUCUUAUGAAUUCCGAGUCGUGGAACAAGAGGCACAGCAUCGCCAUUGGUGAGGUUCCUGAAUGCCGUUUAAUCCGGAGGAGAGAAUUAUCCCCGAAACACGUGGACCACAUAUGGAAGUCAAUGACACUAACACAUUUACAGACUGUUUUGGGUCUCCAGACUCUGGAUGCGGUAUUAGAUGCCAAACUUCUGAGCCCCAAGCACAUCGUUCACAAUGUCUUUGGUGUUAAUAAGCAGGGGAUUGUUGUGCUGAAGAACAAAGCAGAGGACUUGCCUCACUGGGUGUUAUCUGCAAUGAAAUGCCUGGCAAACUGGCCCAAUGGGAAUGACAUCAGGCAGCCCAUGUAUCCAGGGUUCGAGAGAGACGUCUUCAGGACAAUAGCAGAACAUUUUCAGAGAUUGAGAGAGCCGCUUUUGACUUUUCAUCUGUAUGAAAUAUUUGUCAGUAUUUUGGGGCUUCUGCAGUCGGUUGCGGUUGAAGCGCUGCAGGUCUGCUGUCUCCUGCUGCCUCCAGCCAACCGUCGUAAACUGCAGCUGUUAAUGCGUCUGAUGGCUAAAGUCUGUGCCAACCCCUCUCUCCCCGCUCUGAACGACACCAUAGGAGCUCGUACCCUGAUGGUCCAGACCUUCUCCCGGUGCAUUCUGGGAUCUGCGGAUGAGGUGGACUUGGAUGAGCUGUUGGCCACCAAGCUGGUCACGUUUAUGAUUGACAACCACGACAGUGUGCUGAAGGUGCCGUCCAACCUGCGCAAAUCUGUCGAAGAGCAUCUGUCUCACCUCAGAAGAGCUCAGAUAAAAUAUGCGGGUGCAGACACGGACACCACCAUGGCCUCUCCACCUCACUCGUUCUGCAGACAGAUCAGCAGCGAGGAGUUUGAGCAGCAGAGGGUCUCUGGAUCUCAAGGAGCCAUUGUGGCACUACUGGAGAACAUCAUACAAGACAAGAACAUGUCCAUUAAAGACAAGAAGAAGAAGCUGAAGCAGUUCCAGAGAUCUCAUCCUGACAUCUACCGCAGACGCUUUCCUACCACUGAAAGCGAGGCAGCGGUUUUCCCAGAGAGACCCCAGAGACUCAAACCUCAGCUGAUGUUACUCACACUGAAGAAACCUUUUCAGCCCUUCCAGAGGAGCUGGAGCUUUCGGGCUUGAGUCAGGGCUCAGAGCGGGGCGACUGUAUUAUUAUCAAGGAGAGAUGUUA